AUGAAAACAUACGGAAGACCGACAUGGCGCGUCUACGAUGACGAGCGCGCCUCCAAAAAGCGACGCGUGCAAGAUGAGUCGGAUGAAGCUGAAGCCAACCUCCAAUAUGCUAUCCGGGAAUCGUCCGCCGCCGUGCUGUCCAGCCCGUCGCGUCGCAACUCCGUGGUUUUAUCAGAAGGCACCCUCGACGAUAUAGACGAUCUCACCACACCACCGUCCUCGCCACCCCCACGGCUCACCCCGCCGCCAGCAAAUACGCGCAAGCCCACCUUCUCCUUCUUGAAGCGCAAGCACAAGGACGCGCCGGCCGGGUCGCCGCUGACGGAAGUCAACUCCAACACCGUGCGACCCGCGGAUCCGCCCAAGCAAAAGGGCCAGAAGCCGCCCGUCCUGCGCCAGAUGCAGAUCGACCUGGGCACCGAUACACGAAAGACCUGUGCCACCUGCGGCAUGGAAUAUAUUCCUUCCAACACGGAAGACGCGGCAUUGCACAAAAAAUUCCACGAGAUGAACGCGACCGGAAUCGACUUGGGCAAGGCGUUCCUGCGCGCCAACGCCUCGCGCUGGAUCUACGAAGCGACUCGGUUUGACGAAGGCUACGUGGUGAUUGUCGACCGUAAAGCGUCGCCCAGUGCCAAGAGCCAGGCGAAGAAAGUCCUAGAGGUGGUCAGCAAAGAGCUCUCCUCACCGGAGAUCGAUGACGAGACGCUCUGGAGCCAGACGGAACCCCCGAAACAUUUACAAGAUGGCACGACCGAGAAAGUGGACCGGUAUCGGGUCUUCCUCCAUAUGAAAGAUAGCCGCUGCGUGGGACUCUGCCUGACGGAGCGCAUCUGGGAAUCGCGACCGGUCGCCAAGGACCAAAAUGGCGCGAGCAAUUCCUCGGUCUCCACUCAAGAUAAAGUGCACCCGGCCAUUGUUGGCGUCUCUCGCAUCUGGACCUCCGGAUCCUCGCGGCGUAAGGGGAUCGCCCUGGAUCUUCUCGACUGCGUGGUCAUCAACUUUAUCUACGGCAUGGAAAUAACCAAGGAUCAAAUUGCAUUCAGCCAGCCUACCGAGAGUGGCAAACGUCUAGCACAUAAGUUCUUCGAGGACGAAGAGACGUGGCAUGUCUAUAAUGAGCGGUGA